GUGUAUGUGUAUUAAAAUACUGAUUACCUACAUAUGAUGAUUGUGGGCAUAGUUCAAUGGAAAAUCCCGUAAUACAGACAUCGAGUGGCCGGGUUCGUGGUAAAUUAGCAACGAAUGCUUAUGGAUAUUCCUUUUACUAUUUCGAUGGUAUUCCCUAUGCGCAACCGCCACUUGGAGAAAAACGUUUCAGAGCUCCAGUACCUGCGGCUAAAUGGACCUUAAUUAGGGAUUGCACCAAAUCGCCCAAUAAGUGUCUGCAAUGGAAUCGCCGCGUUUGUGAAAUUCAAGGAUCCGAAGACUGUCUAUAUCUCAAUGUGAAUGUAAGGCAAUUGAAUGCUCGCCCUGCAGUUCCUGUCAUGGUGUAUAUACAUGGUGGCGGCUUCAAUACAGGGGAUGCCACCCGUCGAGCUUGGGCUCCCGACUACUUUAUGAUGAAGGAUGUGGUAUUCAUAACCAUAGGUUAUCGUUUGGGCAUGUUUGGCUUUGCCAGUUUCUCGGACAAAUCCUUAAACACAGCCGAUAAUUGUGGCGUACUUGAUGUCAUUUUGGCUUUAAAGUGGAUUAGAGCAAAUUGUAUGUACUUCAAUGGUGAUCCUGAGAAUAUAACUCUCUUUGGCCACAGCUCUGGUAGCUGUGUUACCCACAUGCUCAUGCAAACACCAUCGGCCAAGGGUCUCUUCCACAAAGCCAUUUUGUUGGCCGGCUUCAAUAUGAACGAGCCCUCCUUCACCAGACUUGAAUUUCGUUUGGCCCAACACUUGGGCUUUGAGGGCAGCGAGCAGGAUCAAAAGGCCUUGUGCGAAUUUCUCACUAAUGUGGAUGCCAACAAACUGGUAAAUUUCGAUGUAUUUACUGAGGAGGAGAAAAUGUUGUAUCCCGAUGCGGUCAUCUUCCCCAUCUGGCCCAUUGCUGAUGGCACUUUAAUAUCUAAAGACAUUGUCGCAGCUCAACGCAAGGCAUGGAGUAAUAGCAUUCCCCUUAUGAUGGGCUCUAAUUCAACAGAGGCUUUAAUGCUUUUAAAAAAGCUUAAGAGCGAUGCCAAAGUAUAUGAAAUGUGGAAAAGUAGACCCCAGCUUAUGUUGCACUCCAAUCUCAAGACUUUGGAUGAUGCUGUAAUGCUAGGGGAGAUAGCCAAGCGGGUGAAAGACAUACAUUUCGGAGAUAAGGAAAUGACAAUUGAGAACUACGAAUGUGCAUUAGAGAUCGAAUCCUACAAUUUUUUAUAUCAUGAUCAACAUCGUCUAAUGCAAUCACGCCUCCAAAAUGCCACUGCUCCCACCUAUGUUUAUCGCUUUGAUUUUGAUUCACCCACUUUCAAUUUUUAUCGCAUUCGAGGUUUUGGUGUUGGCUCCAAAGGAGUUGGCCAUUGUGAUGAACUUGGCUAUUUGUUUGUUUUACCCGACACUUUCAAAUUGGAUGCCAAUACACCCGAAUAUCGUUGCAUUGAACUGAUGAUUGAAACUUUUUAUACAUUUUCCAAGACUUCAGAUCCCAAUAAUCCCAUAUUACAGCCAAACCAUUGGGAACCCAUACAGCGAGGCAUGGUUCCGCAUUGCUUGAACAUCAAUUAUGAGUGGACGCGACGGAUACCUCAACCCGAAUAUGAGAAAUGCUGUGCCAUAGAUGAGGCAUAUAAGCUAUUAAACAAAGAUUUAUACUAAAUAAGUGAAAAUAAAAUUUCACAUCAUUUUUAUACCCACC